AUGCAUGGUGACAGGACCGGUACCUCGUCGCUGCGACAAGCCCUGCUCGACCUCGGAUACGAUGACGGCUAUCACUUUGCCUCUUGUAUGAACGAGAACCCUCGGGACUGCGACCUCUGGUGUGCGGCGCUCGAGGCCAAGUUUCAAGGCAGAGGGACCCCCUGGACGCGCACCGAAUGGGAUCAGUUGCUGGGACACUGUCGCGCCGUGACCAACACCCCUUGCGUCGUCUUCUACGCUGAGCUCCUGGCGGCCUCUUGA